CUAUGCACGCAAAUUUGGAGGGGCACGAGCACAAGGGCAAUGGAACAUUUUUUGAAGUUGUUAAAGUCGUGUCCCUUGAGGACAGGGGAGAUCGUACACAAGCUCGUGGUCGCCCGUGCGAAGGUGCUGCCGACCGACAAAAAGACGAGGUACCUCCUUAAGAACUAUAGGCAGUUGCAUGGCAUUUCGGAACGGGGGGGCCCUGCUUCGGAGACUCAAGAGGUGGAGCCGCUCGUUUGCGGGUACGAGGAGCCGCAACCACCAACUAUUGCGGGGAUGGCACCACCAAAAACAGCUUCGCGAACAGAGUCGGUUGCCGCUGCAGACGAAGGGCUUGCGGAAGGUUCAAGGUCAAACACGAGGGUGGCAUCAUUGCAGCAGGCAUCAAUCAAGAGAUGGGUGGACAAUGAUGCACAGAAGAAGCUGGAUAUAGUGUGGGCGGAGGCGAUGUUCCGUGCUGGUAUUGCGUUCAACUUCCUGAAUUUUGACACGGCGCAAAAGCUCCACGAAGUUUACUUGGAAGUGGCGAAUGCACGACCAGAGGUCAAGCUCUUGCAUAUUCAAAAGCAAGUGCAUCCUUUGACAACCUGUUGGGACGAAUCAGGCUGUACAUUCAUCACGGACGGUUCAUCCGACCGUCAAGAGCGCCCUAUCGUGAACUUCUUGGCAACGGGGGAGAAAGGUGCAUUUCUCGUGGCCACAGUGUCAAUGACCGCAAGGAAGAAAACAGCGCAGGCGUUGGCAAAGUUGUGGGAGCGGAUCAUGAGGGAGAUAGAGGUGCAUCGCAUCAACGCGAUCUGCACCAACAAUGUCAAGAACGCGAUGCGUUACCUGCAGAGACAGGUUGGAGGUGCUUGGAAAGGGCCAGACCACCUUGAGGUUUUGGGUGACCUGCACGAGUUUCACAAGGCGCCCACGCCGAAAGGGCCUAAGAGAAAGGACAAGAAGAUGUGGGAGCCCGAGGCGAAGGCUGAUUGCGAGAAGCUCACACCGUCAGAGUGGUGGGCGACUUAUGGCAACGAUGUCCCCGACUUGCAGGCCAUUGCCAUCAAAGUGAUGGGCAUGUGGAGUACAGCAACCCCGGUCGUCAGAGUGGUGGGCGACUUAUGGCGUAAUGUCCCCGACUUGCAGGCCAAUGCCAUCAAAGUGAUGGGCAUGAGGAACAACUUGCAGCCCGAAACAUUGCAGAAGCUGGUGUACAUCCAUUGGAACAUGCAACUACUGCGUGUUGCCAACAACAGUGGUGCCAACGGCGAGGGCUACGUUGAUCUGUGGAGUUCGUUCUUCGAGGCUAUUCCAAAGCCAGACGAGAACGAUGGAUCUAUCUUGAAGGCCCCCAAGGACGAAACUGAGAAGACGGAUGAGGAGCUGGUGCGGCGAAGUACCUUCGUGAACACACCGAAGGGAAAGAUUCCGAAGAAGCUCGAGGACGAAGAGGACGAGCGCACCGACGACAGUGACUUGGAUGAUGAGUUGUGGAAGGGGAAGUGUGAUUGUCGGAUGAGACGAGCGGCGUUGUCGGUAGGCUCGCGAGAGGUAUGGUUGGCGCACUCGACCGGAGCGGCUUGCGGCAACUCCAUGUAUAUUCACGACGACGAUUUAGAUCGACUACUGCGUGGCGCGGUCAGGAGAGUCCCAUGCUGCCUUGUGCGGUGCCGGACCGAUGAGCUCGACACCGCGAAGGAGGAGGGGGAUGAAAGUGAUUCCGAUUUUGAGUCGGGAGCCCAGCCAUCGGUCCCGAACACUACUUAUGUCGGUAGGAGAGAAGUUGCAGGGCGUCGGAGAGAGAAGCAGCCCGUGGUCUCUGCACGGGCCAAGGGGGAAAGCUCCUCCCAAUACCAUCCUCAGUCUUACGUUGAGUUCCAUCACGUGCACACGGACAUUGAGUUGCUGUUGCAAAGUGCUCAGGUUGAUGAAGAUGAGGCGAAGGCCGACCGUGCAAAGGCAUUAGCAGAUCGCGAUAGAGAUGUCGUCCAAAAACAGAUCAUGGAAGAGGAUGCCCAACAUGCAGCAAUCCCAACCCGGAGGGAGAUUGAGAGACGCAAGAAGAAGGUUGGGGAGAAGGAACCGGAGACGCAUCGGCCACUUGACGUUGUGCAAGAGCGAGAAAAGGAAGAGCAACAGCAAAGUGAAGCGGUUUUGAAGGUGGCGGAAGUCGCACUCCAAGAAGAGGAGGACGACAGGGUGCAGCCAAAAAAGGCGGAGGAGGCAGACCUGCAAGAGCCGGAGGAGAAGGACCAGCAAGAAGACAAGGACGACAUGGAGCAGCAACAAGGGGAGGAGAUGGAGCAUAAAGAAGAGUACGAGGAGAUGGAGCAUGAAGAGGACGAGGAGGGGAUGGAGAGUCAAGGAGAGGAGGAGGCCAGGGAACAGCAAGAAGACGCGCAAAGCAUGGAUCAACAGAACAUGCAGCACAACGUGGAUGAGGAGGAUGAUGAAUAGGAGCACCAGCCUGAAGUGAAUAUUGUGUACACGCGUAGGCAACGAAC